AUGUCAGAAUUUGCACCUAUUUGUAUCUAUUUAGUGAUUAGUCCGCUACUUUCUUUGAUCCUACUCGGUGUUCCUUUUCCAUUUGCUUCCAAUAGUUCGACCUACCCAGAAAAAUUGUCGGCCUACGAAUGUGGUUUCGAUCCUUCCGGUGAUGCCAGAAGUCGUUUCGAUAUACGAUUUUAUCUUGUUUCAAUUUUAUUUAUUAUCCCUGAUCCGGAAGUCACCUUUUUCUUUCCUUGGGCAGUACCUCCCAACAAGAUUGAUUCGUUUGGAUCUUGGUCCAUGAUGGCCUUUUUAUUGAUUUUGACGAUUGGAUCUCUCUAUGAAUGGAAAAGGGGUGCUUCGGAUCGGGAGUAA